AUGGCAGCGCCGCACUCUGACCAGGAAAACGUCUUCCUGGCAAGCCUGGCCCAAGGCAGUGUGAUUUGGGUGGCUUGCACCGAUCGUAGACAGGAGGGUGAGUGGGAGUGUGAGGGGUCUCAAGACGGUCAAGGAAUCUACACCAAUUGGUGGGUUGCCCGCGGUCAGCCCGAUAAUAUCGGCGGAAAUGAGCACUGUGCAACCAUAUGGUCACCAGACAAGAAAUGGAAUGACUAUCGGUGCAAUGGCGAGCAGCUGGCCGUUUGCAAACAGCAACCUCUUACCCAUUGCUUCACUACUAACAGCGACGGGCGUCUUGAAGCUGAUUCUUGUCUCUAG